UUGGACUUCGGACUUGUUUCGGUCCAUUUACGGGAAAUUCCGACUUUUACUCGUUCAAUGUUCGUAAAAGUGACAACAAACGCCACAACGACGUCGACUACCACYACUAAAAUAGUGAAAAUGAAUGCUCGUUCACAAAUUUUUGAAUUAUCUGUAGAAGGAAGACAAAUCGAAGAAGUUGUGCUUAGUCUUUUCCACACUAUCUUAUUUCACAGGACAACAGGGAAGUUUAAUUACCAACAAGAAAGUUCUUACAUCAUCGGUACAGUUGGCUUUGUUGAUGUUGAUUGUGAUUUUGUAGACUUCACUUAUGUYCGUUGUGAUUCAGACCAGCUCAAUGCUUUUAUACGUAAACAAGUCCGUGAAUUCAAGGAUGCUUUACGGGAAAAUAAUGCUACAAAAAGUGGGCAAAUAUCCUUGGAAUUUUACCAAAAGAGGAAAGGAAAAUGGCUUUUUGGUGUGGAAUGUGUUCCCUGGGAAAUAUGGACAAUAAAACUAAACAUUAUUACAUUGUCAAACGAACAUGAACGUCAAAUAUGCCGUGAAAAGGUGGGAGAAUCUCUUGCUGAGAAAGUCCUUUGUAUAGCAGAGGCAAUGAAUCGAAGAGAUUAUGUACCAAAACCGAACCAAUCCGAAUUGUCCAAUGUCUUUGACGUUAGUUUCAGAGACGUUCAGCCAUAUCUCCAUCGUAUAAGUUACCAAUAUCAGACCUCAGAUCAGUCUAAUAGCUCUGUGGGAAGUACAGUGAAGAAGAUGUUUCUAGACACUUUCUCAUAUUAAAAUUUGUUGCAUUUAAAAAUAUAUGGUUAAGAGUGAUGACACUCUCUGAUGACCUCAUCAUCAUCAUCAUUUGCAUCAGCAAAGCUCAGUCAUUCAGCCUGGUCUAAUGUGGCAGAUCAAGUUGAUACAAAAUCUUUGUAUUUGAUGAGCAUCUUCUGAUGCUUAUCACCUUAUUCAUGACUUGUACCAAAGGAUCAAGCCUAGAAURUUCCUCCUUCUCCUUCCCCCAUUAACAACUGUUUUGAUUUUUACUCUGAAGCAUAUUGUAAAAUAAAUAGUAAACUUACAUAACUUGAAUAUGUAGCARUUGGUCACAGGCUGCCCAAGACUAAUCCUACCUGUGUUUCUUUGUCACAUUUCUGUGAAGUUUAGAUCACUCAAUAUCGAAGCGAAUGGCCUGAAACCURACAGAAAUGUAAAGAAAAAUGCAACACACAGGUGAAGAUAUUUAUUGCAUUCUAUAUACAGUAUUUUGUUAUAUUGAUAAAAGCAAAUAUUAGCUUGGGCUACCUGUGGGCAAAUGKGCAGAAGUAAUCCUAGUCUUAKGUACAAAUAGAGUCACACAAAAACUUCAAGGCAUUAUAGAGAUAGAAAAUUUAUGUAAUGAAAAUCUUGCGUGGUAAAUUGAUGGAUAUUCUGUAGUUCAUAAGAAAUCAGAUUGUCCACUUUUGUUAAACUGGAAAUACCUACACAGUUAAUCCAAACAGAGACACUUCUGGACACAUCACAAAUUUAUUCUGACUUUGUAACUUGUAUSUUCUUUCACCAUCCAUUGAUACCUUUCUCCUAAAUUAUAUAUUUGCAGUUGGGAGAAAGGUCAUGAAACUGGAAAUUUCAAAACAGUUGUUCUUGUUUUUCGAUAACUUAUAUAUUUUUUUUAAAUAUGUACUUUCUAAAGAAGUUGCCUUGACAACCAGUUUUUUAAUUUUCAA